AUAAUAGGCUACUCUUUGUCUUUACUGAAGUGAGACACUGAAUGCAGGAGUUUGUCCAGGUCUUUCACUAAUGAACAUCUACACUAUGUCACUGCUACUUCUGCUUCCAGCUCUUCUCCCACCAUUGCCAAUAAUAUAUACAUAAUGUUUUGACAGUAUGAUGUGAUAGUUAUUCAUAUCCUGUAUAACGACUACUUGUACUUUUGUUAGUCCGGUAGGUGGCAGCACCUGGCAUUAGUCAUGAAGCUAACGUUACGUACGAUGUCCUGUUUACAAACAGAGGAAGAAAGACGGUAACAUUAGCUUGGAGUUGUGUCGUAUUAUUAAAGGAAUAAAUAAGUUAUUUGACUAUCUUGCGUCGUCACCUGGAUUAUGUUUUAACGCGGCGUGAUACUGGGUAAUAUUUCUAAGUUUGGUGCCCUUUUACUAUUUGAAAUUAACACACUUCCGUUUGCCUAAAUGCUAAUGCUAACCUAGGCUAAAGCUUCGUUAGCUCACAACCUCAACCGUAGCCUACUAACUUUUUUGUUAAGGCUGGCGUUACAAAAGCUGAAUGCCGGCCGGUGAGGUAUAUUGACGCACUGUAAAUUUGGCAAAAUAUAAUCUGUGAAAAUUGUUUUGUAGUAUGAACCAGACUGAAAACCGCUUGCACUUGUAGCAACUGCUAAUUAGGAUGCUAGCUUACCACAUAGUUGAAUAGAUUCAUUAUUAAACACGUAAGUAAUAGAAGAACGCCAUUGACUUUUAACGUUAGCUUGCCGGUGUGCUGCCAUAGCAAGAGCAUAUAGAUGUCUUUGUUUAAAAUAGGAGGGUAUUUUUCAGAUUGACUUCCUUGAAAUGAGAGUGAACUGAUUAAACCUGCAGUCACUCUUCAUGGCUGCUUUAGGCUUUACUCCUGCCAGCGGGCAGGAUCUUUUUAGCAUUGAAACACCCCAUCAAUCCAGCUCUAUAACAAGCAGUGGAGUUACUGGGGAAGAGGUUAGACACUUCUACGAGAAUUUAACGAAAGAUGAUAAAGGGCAAGAUGUAUCAAGAAGUCCAAUUUGCAAGAAAGAUUGUGGCAAAGAGCACCAGAGUAAGCAGAGGAGCAGAGAGUCCAGUAGAAGGCGGAGGAGGAGAGCCAUGGCUGCAGAGAUGCAGCAGGGUCAGACUGAGUCUGUAGUGCAAAGAGGGAACAGUGGUGGAAAUGAUGGCAACCCAAGAGGAGAGACAAGCAAUUCAGAAAGGUCCAUGAUGCUACUGGGGCUCAGGUUUCUGCGCUGUGCCCAUAAGGGGGAAGUCUCGAGCCUCAGAGACCUACUCUCAAAAGGAGUUGACAUCAAUUUCCAGGAUACCUACUUUUGGACAGCAAUGAUGUGCGCAAGCUGGUCAGGACAAAGAGCUGCAGUGAGGCUGCUCCUACAACAUGGAGCAGCCUGGGUCGGAGUGGUUGAUACACAGGGCAGGGAUGCCAAAGACCUGGCGCUGGAAGCGGGCCACAAUGAGGUUUUAGAAGAGUUGGAGAGCUAUGAGAGAACUACAGAGAGAGAGACACCGUCAUCUGAAAGCAGUGCCCCACAGGCUCAGUGGUGUGACGUGUGUGGUAGCGAGUACAGCAGCAGCCUGUCAUCACAUCUGUCCUCCACUCUACAUCAGUUCAGUCUGCGACAUGCUCCACCCACCCCGUACUACUGCCUGCCCCCCUCCAGCAACAGCUACAAGAUGAUGGUGCGCUGCGGCUGGAAACCCGGGACAGGACUGGGGCCGGAGGGAGAGGGGCCUAAACAGCCAGUGCCAACUGUGCUGAAGAGAGACCAGAAAGGCCUGGGGUACGGACAGAUGAAAAGAGCCAAAGUAACUCACUUCCAGGCCAGGGAUUGUGACGCAGUGAAACUACCAUCCAAGGAGAAAGAGGAGAGAAUAGGAAAAGGACAGAGGAAGGAAGAAAGUAGGAGAAAGGAGCAGAAAGAUAAGAACUGGGAAAGAGAUUUUCGUGCCUCUUUUUAUCUUUGACAUCCGCUCACAGUGACUCCCCCACAAGCCCUCUCUCCCAAACACACCUUAAAGUACCUCUAAAAGAUUAAAUGGCUCUAUUGUGAAGACAAGUUGUACCUGUUUUUCUUUUUUAGUUGAAAGUGUGGAGGUGUUUGUAAAACUCCUGGGAGGUGUUUUCCCACUGAGUACUCUGCCUCAAAGCUGAUACUGUGUCCAUUUAUGGAAUCAGUUUUGCUGCUGCUCACAGGUUAUGCAAUGACCAAAUGUGGCAUUGACUGAUUUCAUAUGUAUCAUGAUUGUGUUUACUCUGUGUGGCCAAAUAUGGCGUGUUGAGCUCCUAACUGUUUUAAAAGGUGACAUGUAUAAUUUGGUAAAUGGACAGGGCUUACUUGUCAAACAAAACAUCACGCUAUGCUCCAUGAUCCAGGCAGAGGAAUCAUUUUUAAUGACGAAGAACUAUGUUGAUGUAUUUAAUAUAUAAUACAAUGUAAACCACUAUUGAGAUGUAACACCCCUUUAUUUGUGAGUCCUAAUGGUGAAACAAACUGCUUUAAAUUGUAUCCGGUAACUUCUCUUGAGCAACUGCAGUAAUGCUGUUAGUUUGCCCUUGCCAUAGUUGCUGAAUGCAGAAUGUUACGUAACUACACAAACCAACAAUGAACUCUCCCCUUGUAAUAGCUCAUUAUACCUUCUCACCUAAUUUGACACACCUGUACCCUGGUGACUGACUGAGUCACAUGUUUGUACCUAUCUGCUAUAUCAGCAUGUCACUCCGCUAUCGCUUCCUCACAUUUAGCAGACCUGUCUAGGUUGUCAUAUCUCAAAAGCUGCAUUCCUUUCUCUUUUUAAGUGUUGGGGUUAGACAUGUUUCAAGAUUGUAUUUAAAUAACCAUAACCCCCCCACGACUGCAUGUGGUGUCAAGCAGGGCCCCAUUUUUAAUCCAAAGUCCAGGCUGGGGCAUCAGUGGCUUAGUGGUAGAGCAGGCGCCCCAUGUACAAGGCUGUUGCCACAGCGGCCUGGGUUCAACUCCAACCUGUGGCCCUUUGCUGCAUGUCACUCCCUCUCUCUCUCUCCCCCUUUCACGCUUAACUGUCCUAUCAAAUAAAGGCUAAAAAUGCCCUUAAAAAAAUAUAUCUUUCAAAGACCAGGCUGAAGACGACAAAUGGCCAAGCUGUGGUCGUCAAAGCUCCAAGGCGACGGGACAACUCCCCUGAGGGCCCUUGUCCACCAGAGUCAGUAUCAUCUUUUAAAUCACAACUCUUCAAACUGGGUGACCAGGAAAAUAAACAUGCCUGCACACUAUACUACAAUGCACCAGUCCAGCCAUAAAUAUUGUUUGAACUAUGUUAUAAUUGUGUCAUAGACAUGUCCAUGUGCUCCUCCAUAGAUUAGAUGGACACAACAUUGAUCAUCUUGUAACAGUACAAUGUUCUGUUGGGAAACCUUGGGCUCUGACAUACGUGUGGUUGCCACCCAAAAGAUAUGAAGCCAAGGCGUUGGUGCCAGACACAAUAGGACACCCUCCAGAGGUCCUGCCUUGACAGAUCAGAGCUAUGCCCAGUCCAAGAAGGACCCACCAUGGAUUGGGGCUACCUCCGGUGUACCAGCACAUCUCUCAAAUGUUGAGUCGGAUUGGGAUCUAGAGUAUUUGGAGGCGAAGCCGACACCUUGAGCUCUUUGUCCCGUUCCUCAGGUCAUUCCUGAGCAGUUUUUGUGGUGUGGCGUGGUGAAUUGUCCUGCUGGGGGCCACUACCAUCAGUAAGUGCCUUCACCAUGAGGGGGUAUACUUAGUCUGCAUGAACCCGAUGUUCGGGUGGGUGGAGCACGUCAAGUAGCAUCCACAUGAAUGCCAGGAUCCAAGCAUUCCUGACAGAAAAUUGCACUGUAACAAGAUGAUCAAUGUUAUGCACUUCACCUGCCAGUGGUUUUAAUGUUUUGGCUGACUGGUUAAUCAUUGUAAUGCAGAACAGCCUCAUACAACUGAGUCAUCACCUGGACCAGUGGUUCUCAGCCAGGGGUCUUUGAGGGAGUUUCAGGGGUUGUUUGUCUUCACUAUUCACUGAAGAAGAGUCAUAAGAGUGACUAUUCUGCUCAUAGGUUUCACUUCCUCCGUGUUUAUCUGCUCAGUUGUUGUUAAAUAUAGCUUUCUGGUCUUAAUCAUAUUUUAACAACCAACCAUUAUCAAGUGGGGGUCUGUAACCUAUUGCGUGUGGAUUUAGGGGUCCUUGACAUGAUUAAUGUUGAGAACCACUGCCCUAGGUGACCUUAGUGGUCGUAAAUUUCAUGAGAGUAUUUAUGGAUGGAAAUAUUGCAUUGCGUUGCAUCAUAAAGGUGUUUCUGUAAUUUCUGGUCAUUAAGCACAUAUGCACGCUUUGCUUUGCUACUUUCUAACUUGAGUUUUUACCCUCGUUUUUACUCCUCACUUCAAAAACUUUCAGUGUUGUAUGGCUCAGUAAUUAGCACCAUCGUGGAUAAAAUAGUCAGAUUCAUUGCUGGUCCUUUCUGCACUCUACUUGUUUACAUUUACUUGUAGGGGUGUCUUACAGGGCCCCAGUUUCCUAAAUUUCAUAGACAUGCAAAUCAAAAUUGCUGUUUGUGUCAGACCUGUGAUGGACCAGCAGUUACCCUUUAAACGAAAUGUAUAAUAGCAGGCUUCAGAGAGCAUUAUCGGUAACACUUCAUAAGUCAGCCUGCGUUUUAGAGUGUACCUCUCGCCCACUUUCCCAGGAGUUAGCGUAUAACUCCCGGGAACUUACAUGUACUUUCCCGUGAGUUAGAGCAUAAUUCCUCCCGGUCACUUACCACAUACUUUCCAGGGAGUUAGUGUAUAACAACGCGGUCACUUACCACUUUCUUCCCCGGGAGUUAGAGUAUCCCUCGUGGUCACUUAGCACAUACUUUCCCGGGAGAGUAUAACUCAUCACUUAUGUAAUUUCCCGAAACUUAUGGUUUAAUUUCCUCAUAUGAAUCUGUAUAUGUAUGAAGUGCAAUAAAAA